GAAAGCCGUAAAGAAUAUCCAUUUUUUUUUAAAAAAAAAAACUUUUUUUUACCAAGCAGGAAAAAAAAACAAUCUUUAUUUUCUCUCUCUUCAGGAGAGAGAAAGAAACAGUGGAGAUUUCUUGUUGAAUUGAAUUUACCUGGUUUAACGUCGUCGCAUCUGGGGUUUGUGUGACAAAGUAACGUAAACUUGUUUCAUGCUGGGUUUCUUUGUCUUGGGGUUGUUUUUCUUCGUGUCCUCUUGAUUGGUUCAAAGUUUUUAUUUUUUUUCUCGGGAAAAUUCUGUUCGACUUUCCGAGAAAGUUUUGUCAGAUUCUCAGAGAGAGAGAGAGAGAGAGAAAAUUAAAGGGCAAAAAAGAAAAUCCGCAGAACCACCAAUGGAUUUUUGUGAUCAUCCGUAUCGAUUCUUUUGCUCACAAGUCUUGUCCGUUUUCUGUUUGAUCAUCCAUAAGGGAAUAGCAUAAAUUUUCCCUGAUUAUACUCUCAAAGCCUAGAUUUUUCUGUUGGAUCCUUGGUGAGGCAUUGAAAUUCCUGGGUAGUUUGUGAUUUUUGUGUCCAUUUCUAAUUAAUCCCCUUCCUUGUCUCUCACCCGAUUCAUAACAAAACUUGGGAACUCGUUGUUUUCCGGGAAAAAUCUCUGGGAAAGUGAGAGAAAAGUGGUUUUCAGCGUCUAGAGAUUUUCCGCUGUGCGGAAAAAAUUCAGCCGGGAUUCCAUUUAUCCUUCCUAAGCAGCUUCAGUUUCCAGGGGAAGAAAUCGAGUAGAAUCCGAUUUCUGGAUCCAAAAACCGGAUCUGAAAUCGAUUUUUUUCCCAAUCGACGAUGACGAAAAUGAAACCAUCGGGUUCGUUGGAUAGCUGGAGAGACUAUUUUCGACGAGCAGAUUCCGAUAUCUUCGAGAUCAUCGAUCACGCAGUCAUGGUUGCAGCCACAGAUUGUCCGAAAGAGUUCAAGUCUCGGAGAGACAGAAUCGCCGAGCUUCUGUUCUCUUGCAGAGUGAGCAGAUGCACCGGAUGCGACCAUCUCGAGCUGUCCGUUCCUGGCGACGACGAAGCCAACCGUGGACGGAAAAUCGCCGUAAACGCCGACAGGGACGAUGAUGAUGAUGAUGGCGUUGGCAACGAUAAUGAUGAUGAUGAUGGGUAUAAUGGGUUUGAAGCUGGUGGUAGUAAAGAGAGCAAGGCUAAUAGUAGCAGAGGCGAUAACCAUAUCGACGAGACAACGAAUUUGAACAUCAAUCAGAUUGUAAGCAAUUACAGCUAUGGCGAAGCUGAGGCCUUGAGUGAUGAGAUUGAAGAGACGACUGUGAUUCUUGGGGAGGUCACAAGGAUCAAAGAUAUCCUGCUCAACAGUGAAGAACAGCCAAAAUCUACACUUUUCGAUUCGUUGAGGAAGCUCCAGUUAAUGUCAUUGAGUGUAGAUGUUCUGAAGGCUACUGAAAUCGGGAAAGCUGUUAAUGGCCUGAGAAAACAUGGUUCUGAUAAGAUUCGCCAUCUUGCAAAGACCCUCAUCGCAGAGUGGAAGGAGCUGGUGGAUCAGUGGGUGAACACCACAAGGGAAAUAGCUGGUGCUGGCGACACGCCAGAGUCUGCAAACCCUUCUGUAGUUGAUGAAGAAGAAGGGCUUCCCUCUCCUCCAAUGGACGAGGGAGCUCUCUUUGCCACUGGACAUGUCGGAUUAGAACUCGGACAGUUCUUUGAUGGCAUGGAGGAUUUCGACGGAAAUCCUCGGAACUCUGGGGAAUACAGUAAGAACCGAGACAACGAAAGAAACCCGCAAAAUAUCGCGAAGAGGAGAUCCGAGGUCACAAAUAAAGCAAGAAUAGUUGCUAAGGACAACAACAGCUGGAGACAGGAAGCUCCUGUUAGAUCUAUUAAACCCGACGAGCCGAGAAGAGCCCUUAAGCAAAGUAUAGAAGAGAGGAGAAAAUCCGAAAAACCCGUGAUCCAAAGGAGACAGCUUUCUGUUGCAGAGCAGAGGCCAAAAGUCUCGGGUCACGAAGAAGAGAAACUCAAAGGUCUGGCCGAAGAUGCAAAGUUUGAGUUCACAAAGAGGAAACUUCAGGAGAGCUACCAGCAACACGAGAACGCCAAGAGGCAGCGGACGAUACAGGUGCUGGAAACAAUCCCGAAACAAGGCAAUGCCCAGAAACCGCAGUUCAAGAGACCUGGCUUGAACAACCGGCAUUGGGCUAACGGGCGAAGAUAGUCGUUUUCCGGGUUAACGAUUCAUACGAUACACAGUUUUCAUGUAAUCCUCUCUCGGGUUACCAUCAUCAUCAUCAUCAUCAUGCCCGGAAGAAUCAAAGGAAAGCACAUUACAGAAUAACCUUCUUCACUACACAUUACAGUGAAAACCUGCACCGGGAGGGAAUUAAGGUAAAGAUUUGUCUAUCAAGAGAUCAGACACAAGCUAAGUUGUGAAACACAUUGUUAUGCUGUCUGAAUUCACCAUUGCAUAUAGGCAACUUCUGCAGUUUUUUUUUUUGUUGUAAUUUUGCCCUUCCUGGUUAGAGUUCCGGUAUAGUCCCGGUCCGAUCCGGUUCGGUUUGAGAGAGAAAGGUGAUUUGUAAAGAAAACCCGACUUCGAGAUAACCAUCUAUCUCUUCUUCACCUAACUUGACGAGCAAACAAACCACGUGAUUGUUUGGGGAAAGAUUUGCAGAAAAGAAUUGUAGAUAUUAUUAAAUA